GUUGGUUUCUUGCAAUUUCCAUCGCUCUUCAAAUCAUCCAUAAAAACCGAUCUCUAAUUUCGUUCAUUCUCUCUCUAACCUUUCCCCUUUUUUUUUCUCUGUUUUACAGUUUGAAUUAAUCCUUAAAUUCAGUGUCAUAAUUUUCCGUGCUCGAGAGCGCGCGGAGGAGAUCAGGAUCUCCGCCGUGCGUCGCAGGAACGUGACGGAAUCUCCGGUCUAAAGCGCGGCAGCUGAGAGAAAAACGCCGAUUGUGCCUGACACAGGACAGAGGGAGAAUUCAUAUACAUAUUUUAUACAGAAAUCAUUCAAACAAGAGAGAGAAAGAGAGAGCAUAGAUGAUAGUACAUGUGAUUAACGUGCAAUGUAGGGAAAACAACAAGGAAAAUAUGAAGAGAGAGAAAGGCAUCGAAGAAGCUUUGGAAGAGGUUAUUUGCACGGCACAGAUACCUAGAUCUCUUCUUCAAUCUCCCUUACCCUUGCCUUUUGCCGCAAUUUAUUCCGUUUCCUUGUCAUUCUUAAAUUCCGAGAUGAUUCUCCCUCAAUUGCUAUAGCCUUCUUAAAAUCCUUCUCCUCUUCCUUCUGCUCGUUUCUGUGUUUUUAGUUUCAGUAUUAUCUUUGUUUUCGUUCCGACUUCUGAGAUAUGCUGCUGUAAUCUCACAGGUGACUUUUGUUUAUUUUUUAGAAAUUUGAGCUGGCUUUCGUUUGAUCUAAAAGGGGAAAUUUGUGUUUUUAUAGUAAUUUUUGUUCCCCGAGGCUCUGUACUGUGGGAUCCGGUGUUGAAUUUUGGUUUAAUCACCUGAAUUUUGAUGUGGGAAGGGGUUGCCUCCGUCUCUCUAGCUCUCUGGUGAUUUCAUUGUUGCAGACUUUUGCUUUUCUUCGAUCUGCACAAUUCGAGAAUUCUAUUUGAGUUGUCGUUUUGUCAUCAAUUAAUUACCUUUUAGGUUGUGAGAUCUUAAAUGCAGCUGUUACAAUGUGAAUUUUGUUGAAUUAUAGGUAGAUUGGCACAAUUUAUUGGCAACCUAUAUAUCGAACUGAAUAUAUCAAAUGAAACAGCUCUACUUUUAACUUAAAUUUUGAUUAGCUAGACACUUACAUUUCGUGUUGGACUAUAACUACUAAAUCAGUUGUAUUUGUUUGUGAUUUUCGCCUUGCUUGUCAAGCUGUUGCUCAUGUGUCUGGUUUUCCAUUUUCUCUUUCAUCGGGUGUUAACAUUGUCCCAAUUGUCCGUGCAGGUUCUUUCUGAAGCUGUAUCCUCUUAACUUCCACAAGAACUGAUUUUUUGUGAUUGUUGGAGGCUAAGGGGUGAUUUAUUCUAAAAGGAUUGACCAAGCCUUCUAAAAUGAUGAACUCUAGGGGUUUUUCUCCUUCAUCCUUCUUUUCAGAGGAGGUGUGCUUGUCUGAUGAGAAACAGGUUGGUAUAAAGAAGAUGGACCAAAUGAGUGGUUAUGCCGGUUUCAAACUAGAUGGGAUGCUAAGACCUGAAGGCGUUGCACAUGAAAAUAAAAUCCCAUUGGAUUCACAUACGGGAAAUGGUUUUGCUCUUCCUGACUAUUAUCUCAGUCGUGGUCGACAUGUUAACCUUUUGUUGGGUAAUCAUCUUAUUGGAGCAGUGAGCCGCUCCUUGCCGAGUGCUGUUGAUCAUGAUAUGGGUUCUAGAACUAAUUCGAACAUAGAGCCUGUGCCAUAUUGUUUUGAUGGAGAUAAAAUAAACCUCACGGGUGCUACUGCUCAGUAUGAAAAUGGCCUUUUUUCAAGUUCAAUGUCGGAUUUAUUUAGUAGAAACUUAAAAUUGUCAUCUAACAACGGCCCGUAUGGUCACUCCUUUGCUGGUGCUGCUUCCUCCCAUUAUGAGGAAGAGGAAGUUUUUGAAUCGCUGGAAGAACUUGAGGCUCAAACUAUUGGUAAUCUUCUACCAGAUGACGAUGACUUGCUUUCUGGUGUGACUGAUGGGUUUGGCAGUGUUAUGAGAUCUAAUAACGUGGAAGACGUGGAAGAUCUAGACCUCUUUAGCAGUGUUGGAGGAUUGGAACUUGGAGAAGAUAGCUUUUUGCAAAGAAAUCCUGAACUUUAUGAUUUCAAUUCUAACAAUCAGCUGGGAUCCAACGGCGGGGAACACCCUUUUGGUGAGCAUCCUUCUAGGACACUCUUUGUCAGAAAUAUAAAUAGCAACGUUGAAGACUCUGAAUUGAGAACACUUUUUGAGCAAUACGGAGACAUCCGCACCCUGUAUACAGCAUGCAAGCAUAGGGGAUUUGUUAUGAUCUCAUAUUAUGAUAUAAGAGCUUCCUGCAAUGCAAUGAAAGCUCUUCAGAAUAAGCCAUUGAGGCAUCGGAAACUUGAUAUACAUUUCUCAAUUCCUAAGGAGAAUCCAUCGGAAAAGGAUGUAAACCAGGGUACCCUUGUGGUUUUCAACCUUGAUUCUUCUGUUUCAAAUGAUGAACUCCGUGAAAUAUUUGGUGUCUAUGGUGAUGUCAAGGAGAUUCGUGAUUCUCCGGGCAUGUCUUAUCACAAAUAUGUGGAAUUUUAUGAUGUCAGAGCUGCAGAAUCUGCACUUCGUGCAUUGAACCGGAGUGACAUUGCCGGAAAGCAGAUUAAGCUUGAACGAGGUCGACUUGCGGGCUCCCAAAGAUUUCUGGAGCAGGAAGAAUCUGGUUUUCUGUUGCAGCAUAGCCCUUCGAAUAACCUAUCAAGUGGAUUUUCUGGAUCGCUUUCGCUUGGGGGGACAUUCUCUGGUACAGAGAAUGGCAUUCAUGGCCCUCUCUCGACAAAUGGAGGUCAUAUUGGUCCUCUCCUGGAUGAUGUGCUACAACAUGGUGUAUCAUCUAGUGUACCUAACAGUUUACCAUCUCUAAUUAGAGUUGAAUCUGGAAACCAAUCCAACAUUGUUGAAUCUGGCCAUCUACGCAACCACCCAAAAUUUGAGCUCCAGAGCCAGUCGAAUCUUCAUCCGCAUUCUCUUCCUGAAUAUCAUGAUGGUGUAGCAAAUGGGCCUCUCUUCGGCUCUCCAAGUAAUAUAGCUGCAAAUGUUAAUAUCCGUCCUCCAGAAAUAAGUGAUGGCCAGCAGUUCCGUAGAAUUACCCCCAAUGGACAGUCAAUCGAGUUAAAUGAAGUUUUUGGUACCUCUGGAAACGGGAGCUGUCAUCCUCCCGGGCGUCAGUACAUGUGGAGUAAUUCCCAUCAUCCACAACAACCUCAGGCUGUUUUAUGGCCUAACUCGCCGUCAUUUGUUAAUGGCAUUGGUGCUGCUCAUCCUUCACAGAUGCAUGCUGUACCUCGAGCACCAUCUCAUAUGAUGAAUCCACUUCUAUCUAUAAAUAGCCAUCAUGUGGGAUCAGCACCUUCUGUCAAUCCUUCUCUAUGGGACAGGCGGAAUAUGUAUGCAGGGGAGUCGCCUGAUGCUGCUUCUGUAUUCCACCCUGGUUCGCUUGGGAACAUGAGAAUGUCUGGUAAUUCCCCACAUCCAUUGGAAUUUGUCCCUCAUAACAUCUUCCCGCUCCCUGGUGGAAAUUGUGUGGACUUACAAAUGCCUUCCAAAAAUAUUGGACUGCAUCCCCAUCACCAGAGGUGCAUGAUUUUUCCUGCAAGAGGCCAAAUGCUUCCUGUGAUGACUUCAUUUGAUUCUCCUAAUGAACGAACCAGGACUCGUAGAAAUGAUUGCAAUUCAAGUCAACCUGACAAUAAAAAGCAGUUUGAGCUUGAUUUAGAGAGAAUUGCACGUGGAGAUGAUAAGCGGACUACACUUAUGAUAAAGAACAUUCCUAACAAGUACACGUCGAAGAUGCUUCUUGCUGCAAUUGAUGAACGUCACAGAGGAACUUAUGAUUUCAUUUACUUACCUAUUGAUUUUAAGAACAAAUGCAAUGUGGGAUAUGCUUUUAUAAACAUGACUGAUCCUACACUUAUAGUGCAUUUUUAUCAGAGUUUCAAUGGAAAGAAGUGGGAGAAGUUUAAUAGUGAAAAAGUGGCAUCUUUAGCAUAUGCUCGAAUCCAGGGGAAGGCUGCCCUCAUUGCUCACUUUCAGAAUUCAAGCUUGAUGAAUGAAGACAAAAGAUGCCGGCCUAUACUUUUCCAUACAGAUGGUCCGAAUGCCGGGGAUCAGGUUCCUUUCCCAAUGGGUCCCAACAUUCGAGCACGGCCUGGAAAAACCCGAACCAGCACCUCCGAUGACAACAGUCAAGACAUCCCAUCAAAUUCUCUGAAUGGGGAUGAUUAUUCCAACGGAGACUCAUCUUCUGGUUCCGGUAAAGAUUCAGACUGAGUUUUGUGACGCAACUAACAUCGUAGAAACUCAACAACACGGGCUAGUCAUUGUACUGGAAAUUUUGGUAUUGUACAUUAAAGUGUGUGAUGGUUAAGAGGGAAGAGCAGAAGAGUAGUGUGACUGGGGAUUGAGAGAAAGCAUUGUUGUGUAGUAGAAAUUGACAAUAUGGCUGACCAAAGAGCGUUGGAGUAUUCGUUGUGGUGCGGUUACUGAAGCAAAAAGCAACAUCAUGGAGCUUCGAAAUUUUGAAUGUUAAUAUUUUGAGGAGUUCGGUUGUGUUGUACUGUGUGUGUUUGUAUAGAGAGAGCAAAGCACUUUUUGUUUGGCCCCGCUUUCAUCUUCUCUUGUUUUUUGGGCAAUUUGCUAAGAGAAGUCGGUAACGAACUGCAACAAUUUCAUUCAUGGAUGGAUUGCAUCAUUUCCUUUUUGACUAUGUAACUUUCACUUCUUGAUGUU